CGGGCCGGGCCGGGCGCUGCGGCGGAGCGAGCGGGCGGCGCGGCUGGGCCCCCCCAUCCCCGGCCCCCCCCGGGCCCCUCCGGCCCCGGCGGCGAGGCGGGGGCCGCGGCCGCGCCGGCCAUGCCCCCCGGAGCCUGAGGCCCGCGGCCGCGGGGCGCCCGCAGCAUGCGGAGGAUCCGGCGGCUGGUGCAUCUGGUGCUGUUCUGCCCCUUCUCCAAGGGCCUGCAGGGUCGCCUCCCGGGCAUCAAGGUGAAGUACCUGCUGGUGGUGUGGCUGGGCAUCUUCGUGGGCAGCUGGGUGGCCUACAUGCACUACUCGUCCUACUCCGAGCUCUGCCGCGGCCACGUCUGCCAGAUGAUAAUCUGUGACCAGUACAAGAAAGGAAUCAUUUCUGGCUCCACGUGCAAGGACCUGUGUGAGGAGCGUGGCCUCCUCUUCCAGCACUGCCUCUCCUCCUCUCCCACCCAGCAGGUUUACAGCGGGCUCUGGAGGGACAGGGAGGUGAUCAUCAAAUGUGGCAUUGGAGAAGCCCUGAGGGCAGACAGCCGCCCGGACUCUGUGCCCAGGAGGGACGUGGUGCUCUUCGACAAACCCACACGGGGGACGUCCAUGGAUGAGUUCAAAGAAAUGCUCCUCAACUUCCUCAAGUCCAAGCUGGGAGAUCAGCCAUCCCUCCCAGCCCUGGUGAGCCGGAUCAUCGCCAUGGCCGACGUGAACCGUGACGGGAAAGUGUCUCUGGCCGAGGCCAAAUCCAUCUGGGCGCUGCUGCAGCUCAAUGAGUUUCUUCUCAUGUUCUCCCUGCACGAGAAGGAGCACACUGCCAAGCUGCUGGGGCACUGUGGGGACCUCUACGUCACCGAGAAGAUCCCCCACACCUCCCUCUACGGGCUGGAUGUCCCCCCCUUCCUCCAGUCGCUGCUGCCUCCCGUCGCCCACCAGCUCCUCCACCAGUGGUUCGCGCCGGCGUGGCCCCGGCGCGCCAAGAUCGCCAUCGGCCUCCUGGAGUUCGUGGAGGAGAUUUUCCACGGCACCUACGGGAGCUUCUACAUCUGCGAGACGGGCUUCAGGAACGUGGGCUACAACGACAAGUUCGACUUCAAGAUGGUCGACCUGAGGAAGGUGGCGACGGAGGCGACAAUCAGGGGGUUCCUCAAGGGGCGUCACUGUGAGCAGAACGUGGACUGCACCUACGGGCGGGACUGCACGGCGGCCUGCGACAAGCUGCUGAAGCAGUGCAAGGGCGACAUGGUGCAGCCCAACCUGGCCAAGGUGUGCGGGUUGCUGCAGGACUACUUGCUGUACGGGGCGCCGCUGGAGCUGAAGGAUGAGCUGCAGAAGCAGCUCCGAACUUGCACGACCCUCAGCGGCCUGGCCAGCCAGAUGGAGGUGCACCACUCCCUCGUGCUCAACAACCUCAAGACCUUGCUCUGGAAGAAGAUUUCCAACACCAAAUAUUCCUAACGGGGGAAGCACGGCCCCGGAGUUUAGGAUCUGCCACCUCGGAGUCAAGUCCAAGGGCUGAAGGCCUGUUUCUCCAUCUUCCCCACAGGUAAAAUACACCCUGCACAGGGAGUUCAGCAGAGCUGCAGCCCCUUCUCCAUGGAAAACCAAGCUUCAUGACUUCCACCGCCCAGCAGGAUCAUGGAUCAGUCAGCAGGAGUGUCUGCAGAGCUGGGACACCAGGCUGGACAGGCUUGGGGGAGGAAGAUGACAUGGAAAGGGAUAAGGAAGCAGAGCCCAGCUGGAUGCAUCUAAGUGUUUCUUGAUUAACAGGAAAGCAGAGCAGAGUGAUGGGAAUGAAUCAUUCAUGCUGUACUUGUCACAUCUUCUUUUGAUGAACGUCUCUGAUGUAAAUAAACAGCUUUUACGUGAAUCACACCAGUACAUCAAUAGUGAAACAGCAGCCUGUUAAGUACCAGCUUGUUUGUGGUCUAAAAAGGAGGAAAAGGUAGAUUUCCUGAUUCAAAAGUCUCUCCUUAAGUGUCUGAGUCAUCUGCCAUCAGAUCCAGCUGUAACAUAGGAAGCAGAUAAGCAGUCUGUUCCACAGUGGAGAAUCCUGGCAAUUCUUUGGUUCCAUUUUUAAGUGCCUGACCUUGACAGUGAUGCCAUGGCUUGUGUGAGGCUCCCACUCGGCUGCUCCCACCCCAAGUCCAAAAUUGGCAGCACAGGCCAUUCCCUCACAUGUUGGCUUUGGAAGCUCUAAGGCCAAGGAGAGCUUAAAGGCAAAGGGCUAAACAUGAACAGUUCUGACCCGUUAACGUGCUCCGUGUGUCCCUUCCCACCACACUCAGAGCAGGGAUAAACCAACCUCUCGGUUUAAUUCUCCUAAAACUAAGCUGGGCUUGCCCUGCAGAGGUUGAAGGUUAAUACCAGAAUAAUCCAGUGCUUCUCUUGUUAUUAAAGUGAAUUUCCAGGCAAGCUUUCAGCAGGUCUCAAGACAUUUGUUUGGCUGUGUAUGUACUACCAGGGCUCUAACUAUAGUCGUUUCCUUUAAAUGCCCAAUUAUAGCAAUCUUAAAACUGUGGGUAGGGAGGAAGAGCUUUUAUAAACUCCCCCAAGGCUGCUCUGUUCCCAGCACAGCCGUAUUCCUGCUGCUGGGCCGCACAGUUGUUCUCCUGCCAACAAUUCCUCAGUGGAGCGUGCAGCUGAUGUACAAUCCCAAUUAAAACCACACCUGACAGUAUCACCUGGGAAUGUGAUCAGCAGAGCUGUGGCUACACAUUUAGGAGCCCUCUGAGGAGAGAGACCAGGAUUUCCUUGUGUUAGUUCUUUCGGAUCCUCAUCACCUCGCACUGCUGCUUAUGGAAUCAGCAGGGCCCUGUAUCCAGCACAGAGCUCACUCCCUGCUGAGUGGCCUCUGCAGUGCAAUUUAUCCCUGGAUAGGCUGAGCACUCCCAAAGUUUCUGUGCUUGGAGGGUGACAAGUCCUCAGCCCCUCGAGUUGCCCUGGCUCAGGUACAGAUGCUGCCAAGGUGAGCAGGGCCCCCUGGAAGGUGUGGGUUCACCUGCACAGGAGGGAGCACGUGGGCAGGGCUGGAAUUCACUGGAAUUCAGUAAUGAAGCUCCACACAGCCACUGCAGCUCAUCCAUUGUCCUGCAUCCCCAUGGCAACCAGCUCCACUGGCAAAUUAAUUUGCUUCUGCUAUUAGCAAAGGAAUCCAACAUCCCCCCCAUGGCAAGUGCCCUCCUCAGGUCAUCAGAGAAGCCAUUUCUCACCUUCCCCUCUCUUAUUUACUGGUAAAUUUUGUCCAGAUAUUCCCACUGAAUCCCUGCUGCUCCUUUCCCUCAAAGCAGUGUUAAAGCAGCAGGCAAGCACCUGGAAAACAAAAGGGGUUUUCCCCUCAAUAUCAGAAUUUUUAAGUAAUUAUGGUGAAAAUCCAGGAGAAGCAGCUCCUGUACCUGACAAGAUUUAUUGAAAUAAACACUUCUGACAACAACUUGUCCCAUCACCAUCAUUGAUCCACAUAUCCCACAGCACUGGACAUUCCCAGGGAUCACUGAUGACUUGAAAACCCCAAAAGCAUAGUUUUGCUCAUCCCUAAAAAGCACAAAGUCUUUCUUUGCAGUGCUCAUGGUUUACAAGCUACACAGGAAUAUAGGAGAGAAUGAGUAAAGGCAAAGGUAUUUUACAGUCAAACCUCCUCCAGAUUUCCCACAGAGGCUGGAAUAAAAAGCCAGAACACAAACACUGAUAAUCUGAUCUCACUGGAUGCUGCUGCUUCUGCAGCAGAGAUUUGUGCCCAAGGAGAUGGAGGUAAGAAAUACCUUUAAUUGCAGGAAGUACAAAACCAUCCCAGCUCCCAGAUCUACAAACAGAAGUCUUAAAUCCUAGAAUGGUUAAAAAAAUAGUGUUACUUGGGGUGCUACAACUACACAAGCACCAUUCAGACUUAUGGUAGGUGGCAUCUUUAUUUAGUUUUUUUUUUUUAAAUCCUUCUUAGCCAUGUAGAGAAAACACAGAUGAUCAUCAGCUUUUGAGGAAUCCACGAAUCUUCACAUACAGACACUGCCAAUCACUUCUUUUGCUGUUGCCACUUCUGUUAGGAAUUCUGAAACUCAGGCCAUGACCUGCAAAUAAAGAGAGGGCCCAGGAUGUCAGACAAAUUCUAAUACAGCCAGGAAAAGGGAGAAAUAAUGUGAAUACUAAGGAGCUACUUAACUCCUGUUAUCCAGACUCUGCUGCCCUCCGUCAUCUUGGAAUUGUCUAAAGAUUUUUUACAUCCCAGAUGUGAAAUAAAAAAGCUUCAUAAUAUGAACCCAAAUGUUAGGGCAGUCAUUAGAAGGGCUCAGUUAUAAGGGUUCACAAGGUUAUUUUCAGAAAAGGAUUUCCUUCAGCCCAGAACCACAGGAACACCUCAAAUCCCAUUGCCUGGAUUCCCUGCCUGGACAUCUGUGUGGCUCAGGACCCACAGCAGAGACAGAAGCAGAUGGCACCAAUUUAGGAGAAAUUCUUCACCAUUCCAUCAGAAAGCUUUUGGAAAAAUAUCUGUCUGGGCACACAGGGCACUUGGGCAAGUUUAGGAAAGGGCUAAUUGAAGAGCAGGAUAGCUGGAGCCUGCUCUGGGUUAUUCCUUCACUCCCUAAAAAUCCAAGCUGAGUUUGCCAACCUCAGGGCAGAGCCAAACUAUUAUUAGUGCAGGGAAGGAAAAGCUGGGCUUCUUCCAGUGUUCAAAGCCAUGAUAGAAUCCAGUCUUAGAUGAUGAAGGGCUAAGUUAUGUGCUGAGACAUUUUUAAUUUCUCUCAAAACCAUCUUAAUACAAAACAUUUCUCUUUUUCCACAGUGGAGAGCCAGGUAUUCUCUCAGUAAAGCCAAAUUCUUGGCCCAGGAGUGCUGCUGAGGCUGAGGGAGGCAGUUCACAGCAAAUGCUACCAGGAAAAUGUUCAUAGUUAUCCUGUGGCUCACACAGGGAAGUUCUGGAGACACUCAUUAGCACUCACGGCCCAUCCAGGACCCCUGAUGUGAGUAAAGCCCGAUGAAAAACCCCAAACAUGUAUUUUAGGGUUGAAAGAAGCCAGGAAAUUUAAAUAGAAGAGUCACAUCCCAAGGCAUAACCAUCUCCCCCCAACCUGAUUAACAUUCUUUUCCAAAGCCACUGCUGGAGGCAUUGACUUUUCCCAAUUAAAGGGCUCACUUUGCAGGCAGCACAACCUGCAGGCUCUGCAGCACCUCUGGCCCUCCUUAAUGCCCAUUUAAUGAGGUUUCCCACCGUUUAGCUCUGCCAGAGUCUGUCAGAGCUGCAAAGCCUCAGUUCCACAAUCUCUGUGUGGUCAGAACUCCUCUCCCCACUCAUUCCCAGAACAGGUUCAUGUGCCCCAUGUCACCCAAGGAAGGACAGUGACACAAAGAACUAUCUUCAUACAGGGACACCUGUGCUCCCUCCUUGGAGAUCCCUUUGCCAUUGUGCCGGAAAAUAAACACAACAACAA